CAAAAAAGAUUGCAGCCAUUACCGUCCUGACAGAGGACGGCACGAGACUGAGGACCAUGAAAGAGAGAGGAAGUGCAGAUGGUGGAUAACUAGUGUGUCACUAACUGAUGGUAACAAGCUGAACAAAAUUAUUUCAACUAGCAACUGGUUGCCAUCUCUUUCUGUAGACAGAGCGACAUAACAGAGGCAACUACAUCAUCUGUACACCGUCUCCAUGCCUCUUUUCCCCUUGGACAAUAUCCAUUAAGAGGAGACAGCCAGGGCUGGACACUCACACAGAUUUCUAGCAUGCAAGACGAUAAUAUAGAAGGUUCUACGUCUAUUUCGCAGCUUCUCAGAGAGAGCUACUUAAGUGAAUCUAUAACACAUCACGAGAACAGUGAACAAAGCACAGCUAUCUCCUCCUCCCACUCAUAUCAUCAUAACCUCUCCUCUGCCAAGGUUGAUGAGUUAGGAGGAACAGAUGACUUUUCUGAUCUUUCUGCCUUUCUGAGCCAGGAGGAAUUAGACCAAAGUGUACACUUGGCACAGCAAUCAAUUGACCAGGAUGGAAAGCAGAAAGAGGUCCAGGUUGUUAAAUGCCCACCACGAGAACUGAGAAAACAAAUAAAAUCUGCUGUAAGAUCAACGUUAAGCACUCCGAGCCAGCCACCCAUCCCUGACCAAGAAGAGCAGUCAAACUUUCGUCAAGACCAUGUCAUAAAGAGUACAAGAAACUCUUCGGAAGACACUAAGGAUACGAAAAGGCAACAGAGAAUCAAUCCUUAUGGAAAUGAGUCAGAGUCUAAGAAAGAGUUUCUAAAUAAAGCAGCAGAUUUCAUAGAGGAGCUUUCUUCACUAUUUAAAGCCAACAGUUCCAAGCGGAUCAGGCCCAAGACAUUAAAAAAUCGAAGGAGCAAACGUGACUUAAAAAGUGCAACUCUUGAAGAAGACGCCUCUAAUUACACCAGUGAGUCGGGAAACCGAGAGAGGCCUCUCUGUCUUCCAGCAGAGACAGAAAUAGAUGCCACUGUCUCUGAAAAACCUGAGAGUUUGGAAGCAGAAGGACCAGAAAUUAAUCAGGAUGCUCUGCAAGUUGAACCAGACACAGCCUCCUCUUUUUAUUUAGAAGAGACUAUUGGGCAGCCUCCAAAUUUUAUACAGAAAUUAAAAAGUCGGGAAGUUACAGAAGGAAAUAGAGUACAGUUGGAUUGCAUUGUGGUUGGAAUCCCAGCACCUGAAGUAAGGUGGUACUGUGAAGGAAAAGAACUUGAAAAUUCUCCAUACAUUCAAAUACAGACAAGUGGCGAUCUGAACACAUUAGUAAUCACUGAAGCUUUUGAGGAAGACACAGGACGUUACUCUUGUUUUGCUUCCAAUAUCUAUGGAACAGAUUCUACAUCUGCUGAGAUCUAUGUAGAAGGAGCGUCGUCAUCUGAGUCUGACAGUGACACAAGCAAGACUGACAUGGAUCAGUCACAGACUGAAAGUCUGGCAGCAGUUACCCCAGAAGUGACUAAACCUGCUAUUCGUGAAGAAAUAAAUGUUCCAAUCACUGUUGUACAGAAUGUACAACCAACAAUAGCGCAGCAGAGUCCUACCACAUACCUGCAAGGACUGGAUGGAAGACCACUAAUGGCUGCUCCGGUUUUCACUAAGACACUGCAGGACUUGACGUCCUCUGAGGGUCAAUUAGUCGUAUUUGAAAGCAGAGUAAAGGGAUCCCCUUCCCCGAAGGUGGAAUGGUACAGGGAAGGGACACUGAUCGAAGAUUCCCCAGAUUUUCGGAUUUUACAAAAGAAGCCUCGAUCUAUGGCGGAACCAGAAGAGAUAUGCACCUUAGUUAUUGCAGAAGUCUUUUCUGAGGAUUCCGGCAUGUUUACCUGUACAGCCAGCAACAAGUACGGCACCACCUCCAGUACUUCCUUUCUAACUGUAAAAGGUUCCAAUGAAAAUACUAAUAAAUCUCAAAUAACUAUUAGCACAAUCAACAUAGAUGCUUUUAAACCUGAACCUUUGCCGGUUACUCCGCCACCAGUUUCUGAAGAACCACCACCUAAGCCCAAAUUAGAAGGCGUUCUAGUUAACCAUAAUGAACCAAGACCAAGUUCUAAAAUUGGCCUGAGAGUUCAUUUCAACCUUCCUGAGGAUGACAAAGGAAGUGAGACAUCAUCUGAAGACAACGUCCUUGUGGGAAAUAACUUUGGAAUGUACAACCAGAAUAUGUUAAAUGGCCAAUCAUAUGCCGCUUUUGUUGCAUCUAUGAAAGAGCCUCCACCGGUUUUUGCCAAACCUAAACUUGACCCGGGGAAACUACAACAGCUACAUAACCAAGUUAUGAGUGAGCAGCAAUUUCAGCCUUCAUCUCCAAAUUCAACGGCAAAAGAAGCACCAAAUUCAUCUACCCAACCUUACAUGUUUUCUCGGCAAGAUCCACUGAACACAAACCCAGUAUCUACAACUAACACUGUUCCUCACAUAAGACCAUGGACAGUAGGCACGCAAAAUACUUACACUGAUGUCACGUUUCCUUCACCCACUAGUGGACAAACCCCAUAUAGUACUACAGUAUCUGCAUUACCUUCAGCACCUUCUACACUGCCUGGCAGGAGCCAGUUCCAAGCCCAGACUGUGUAUACAUCUCCCAUGUCUCCUCCACGGAUACAGAACCCUGUUGCAUUUCUUAGUUCUGUGCUUCCUUCAUUGCCUUCCACUCCUACACCAACAAAUGCAAUGGGCCUACCAAAAAGUGCUUCCUCGUCUUUUCAAGCAACUCCAAAGAAAACGUCAAAUGUGGUGCGAUUUAGCUCACAGGAUCAAAUACAGGAGAGUAAGAAUCAAGUUGUGCGAGAGUUAGAAAAUAAGCUCUCAUUUAGAGAUGAUGCUCCCUCGCAGAUCCAAUGGCAGCAGGAAUAUAAGAUAUCCAGUUUUGAGCAGAGACUGAUGAAUGAGAUAGAGUUCCGCUUGGAGCGCACCCCGGUGGAUGAAUCAGAUGAUGAAGUGCAGCAUGAUGAGAUUCCUACAGGAAAGUGCAUUGCGCCAAUAUUUGACAGGAGACUCAAACAUUUCCGUGUUGUAGAAGGAACGUCGGUUACAUUUACAUGUAAAGUUGUAGGAAUCCCCAUACCUAAGGUGUAUUGGUUUAAAGAUGGUAAGCAGAUUUCAAAGAAAAAUGAACAUUGCAAAAUGAAGAGAGAAGCAGAUGGAACGUGUUCUUUAAAUAUAGAAGCUGCCACUAAUGAUGAUGAUGGAAACUAUACAAUUAUGGCUGCAAAUCCUCAGGGAAGAAUCAGCUGCUCCGGACAUUUACUUGUGCAGACAGCACCGCUGCGUCCUCGCUCUAUUCCUACUGUCCUCUCUCAUAGGAAAGAAGAUUCCCACUGGAUUGGCGUUAAACGGCAGAUGUGGGGAGUGAGGCCACGGCUGGCGGAAGUAGAGAGUGAAGUACAGGAAAGAUUCUUCCGGCCGUACUUUCUUCAAGCGCCUGGAGAUAUGGUGGCACAUGAAGGGCGCCUGUGCAGACUAGACUGUAAGGUGAGUGGUCUGCCAACACCAGACAUCAUGUGGCUUCUCAAUGGAAAACCCGUUACUCCAGAUCUCACCCACAAAAUGCUGAUCAGGGAGAAUGGAAUUCACUCGCUCCUGAUUGACCCUCUCUCUCAAGCUGACGCUGGGACCUACACUUGCAUUGCUAUGAAUAAGACAGGGCAAAAUUCAUUCAGCCUGGAGCUCAGUGUUAUGGCAAAGGAGGUGAAGAAACCACCCAUAUUUUUGGAGAAACUGCAGAACUGUGGUGUGCCAGAGGGCCACCCAGUCAGGUUGGAGAGUCGAGUUGUUGGGAUGCCUCCCCCAGUGUUCUACUGGAAGAAAGACAAUGAAACCAUUCCAGCCCACAGACAAAGGAUAAGUAUGCAUCAGGAUACCACUGGGUACGUGUGUCUCCUCAUCCAACCGGCCAGGAAAGAGGAUGCCGGAUGGUACACAUUGUCUGCAAAGAAUGAGGCAGGAAUUGUAUCCUGCACUGCCAGGCUGGACAUAUAUGCGCAAUGGCACCAGCAAAUUCCUCAACCAAUUAAAAAGAUUCGACCUACUUCUUCUCGCUACUCAACAUUCUCUGCUCCAAGCCUGGAUAUCCUGAUCCCUUUCCCCUCUGCAGAAAUGCCACUAAGUUUUAUGUCUCAUACCCGCGAUGUGGUGGAAAGCGAGGAGCUUUGAAUUCAGCUGGCUACAGUAUCACGAAAACUGUGAAGAAAAUGACACCGGAAAGUUUACAAACUUUUUUUUUUUUUUUUUCGUUUUUCUUUUCUAUAUAACCUAUUAUUUUUUUUUUUUUCCCCCCAAGCAUAAUACAUGGAAAGCAGAAUAUUUUAACUGUUUAAUGCUAUGUGGUCCUUCUAGGCAUCAUUGCACAUCCAGAUAGUGAAAGGGUUAAGACACUUUUGUCAUUUCUAUAAGUUGGGCGCACCAGUAAUAUGCACAGAUUUCUGUAGCUGUGUCACUGACCGUGUGAUCUGUUUGAUCAUGAUAAUGCUGUGUAUUUACCCUAUUUAAUUAUUUAUGUUCUUAGGCAGUAUAAAGAUCAAUAGAUGUUCUAUUAAUAUUAAAAUGUGUACGUAUCAUUUGUAUUUAACGAUUCAUUGUUAUGUAGUGAGGCUGACACUGUCACUGUAGAUGCUUUAAGUUAAAGGCCAUCUCCUGGUAAUACCUUGAUAGCUUGUCUAUAUUAAGAGGAAAUAUAGAUAUAUUAUGGAAUAAAAUGGCAACAAACUGUG